AUGUUAUCGGGUGACAAUUUGUUCGACCAACUUGAUGUAGCUAAAGUAUGCACCACUAUUUUACUUCUUACUUCUGUGAAAGGAAUUUCAUCAGAUGCCAGUGUAGUUUUGGAUGCAAUCCUUGCUCAAGGUAUACCUACUACUGUGGUAGCAAUAACUGAUUUGGAAGCAUUACCUCAAAAAAAACGUUCUGAAGCAAAAACUGUAGUUCAAAAUGAAAUUGAAGCUAUGGUUCCUGGGAUUGACAAAGUAAUGUCCUUAACUAAAGAUACUGAUGCUAUGAAUGUUCUUCGAAAAAUUGGAUCACAAAAGCAGAGAACAGUUUUGCAAAGAGAUAGGCGAUCUCAUAUGUUAGCCGAGAGUGUUAAUUUUAUAGAAACGGAAAAGGGCAAAGGUACGUUAAAAGUAACUGGUUACCUACGAGGGCGCAACUUAAGUGCUAACUCUUUAAUUCACAUACCAGGUUGGGGAGAGUUUCAGAUUGAACAAAUAGAUCUUGCUCCAUUUCCUGGUGAUGAUAUCACUGAUCCAAAAGUCCUGGAUCGACCGGACCUCUUGAAACAGGAGUCUCUUGUAAGUGAAAACAUUCCUGACCCAAUGGAUGCUGAACAAACUUGGCCAACUGAUGAGGAAAUUCGAGAAUUUUCUACAAAAAAGGUAAAAAAGAUUCCAAAAGGGAUGUCUGAGUAUCAAGCUGCCUGGAUUCCUGAUGAGGACACAGUCGAAGUAAAUGAAGAUGAUGAUGAUGAUGAUGAUGAUGGGAUGGAUGUUGUCAGUGCUGUCUCAGAACAGGAAAGCUGUGAAAGUGAAGAAUAUGAAACAAUGACAGUGGCCUCUGAAGCAGCACCAGACCCUGAAAAAUAUGAUACAGAAAUGGAUAUGGAUGAAGAGAAGGUUGCACUAGAAAAAGUUAAAAAGGCAAAAGAAGAUUUAGAGUUUCCUGAUGAAGUAGACACCCCUCAAGAUAUUCCAGCCAGAGAAAGGUUUGCUCGUUAUAGAGGAUUGGCAUCAUUUAGAACAACACCUUGGGAUCCAAAAGAGAAUUUACCUCUUGAUUAUGCCAGAAUUUUUCAAUUCCAAAAUUUUACUAAAACAAAAAAAUCUGUGUUGGCUGAGGAGCCUUCAGGAGCUCAAGCAGGAUGGUAUAUUACCAUCCAUUUGAAAGAUGUUCCCACUGUAUUAUAUCAGAUGAGAGGGCAGCAGCCAAUAGUGUUGUAUGGAAUGUUGCCUCAUGAAGUCAAAAUGUCUGUUAUCAAUAUGGUCCUUAAGAGAGUUCCUGGCUCUUCUGAACCUUUAAAAUCGAAGGAAAAUCUUUUGUUUCAAGUUGGUUACAGAAGAUUUCGUGCAUCUCCAAUUUAUUCCCAACACUCCUCAGGAAAUAAACAUAAGUAUGAGCGGUUUUUUCAACCAGAUAGUGUAGUAGUUGGUACAGUAUUUGCUCCUGUUAUCUUUCCACCUGCUUCUGUCCUUGUUUUUAAGGAAAAUAGUGAUAGAACUAUUACCACUGUAGCAACUGGUAGUGUUCUUUCUGUUAAUCCAGACAGAAUAGUUGUGAAAAGGGCUGUUUUGAGCGGUCACCCAUUUAAGGUUUUAAAAAGAUCUGCUAUAAUAAGGUUUAUGUUUUUUAAUCGAGAAGAUAUUGAAUGGUUUAAACCUGUAGAACUGAAGACUAAAUAUGGCCGUAGAGGUCAUAUUAAGGAACCCUUGGGUACUCAUGGACACAUGAAAUGUGUAUUUAACGCUCAAUUAAAGUCACAGGAUACUGUAUUGAUGCACCUUUAUAAAAGAAUUUUUCCCAAGUGGACAUAUGAUCCUUGUGUUAAUUUUGCACCUAUUACUCUGUAG